GAUUAUGAUGAACAUAAGUUGACUCCGUUUAUGUUUAACUGUAGAUCGUUAAGGACGCUAUCAUUGACAUAUGUUGCUCUCGAACCACCUACUUCCACGAGUUUUAGCUCUCUCAAAACUCUUUAUCUCGCAUGGAUUAUAUUGUCUGCUAACAAGAUAAAAAAUUUGACUUCCAAUUGUCCACUCUUGGAAGACAUUGUUGUCAAAGACUGCAGCUCUGCACAGAAUCUCGACAUCUUUGUUGAAAAUCGGCAGCUUCAUUGCUUAACAGUUAUGGACUCUGACCUUUUUCAUUUUUAUGAUGAUCAUGAUUAUGAUGACCUUUACAUUGCUUUUGGAAAUGGUUUUGAUGAUAUGGGAUAUAUGACUACUAAGAUUGAGAUUUAUGCCCCAAUUCUGUUGUCCUUGAAAUUAAUUGGGAACAAGCCGCGGAGAGAGUAUCGUAUAAAGAACUUACAAUCUCUUGUCGAGGCCAGCAUUGAUUAUGAGGAAGAACUUUAUAAUGGUUGCCAUGAGUGCUGUGAACACAACAUCAAUUCAUUGAAGGGACUUCUUGAAGAUCUUCGACAUGUUAAAGACCUUAAAUUAUGUAGUUGGUGUAUUCAGUUUCUAUCUUCAAGGGAGUUACAAUGUCUAGAUGCUUUAUCCAUGAAUUCCACACGUUUGGAUCUGAUGACAGGAUUGAGUAAAUGGGAGCUCCCAGGGAUUGCCCACUUGCUAAAGAGUUGUUGUUCCCUUGAGACUCUUAUUCAACAUUUGGACCAGAAACCUCUAUUGGAGAUCCACAACUACCGCAGCCAACAAUGGUUGAAUCGGGAGGACAACUAUGAUUUUGAUGAAAGGGUGUAUUGGAAGUUGCAGAAGCUUUGUUUCUUUAAGCUGUUUGAGCACCUCAAAACUAUUAUCAUUUAUGACUUGAGUUCCGAUCCCACCCCUGUGAAUGGUUACAAGCCCACUCCUACCGAUGUUGAAGUUAAAUCUGUGAUUGAUGAGCCUGAGAAUGAAAUUAACUGUGUGAAAUUUUUUCUCAUCAACUCGACUGUGAUGGAAAAAAUGGAUAUUAGCAUUCUAGAGGAAGUUUGUGUCCAGCCAGAGUUCCUGCUCAAUCUUACCGAGAGGGAUAAUUUUGCUGAGUCUACAUGCCAAUAAUGCUUUACAUUGGCCGAGCCAUGCAUCAGGUGGGCUCCAAUGUAACUCUGCCCAGAGACCAGGCCUUGAUUCUUGUCGAACAUGCCCCUUGUGUAUGAAAACAAUGGUUAGCCAACCUUCUUCUGUAUGUAAUUCCUUUUAAUCCAUUAAUCUCUUACAGCCCCAUGAAUCAUCUAUUGAUGGGACAUGGAAGCUUCAACAUUCAUUUUGAGGGCUUGGCCUGUUGUCUAAUAGUAGCAAGGGCAACAGGUCUUUUUAUUGAAGACUGGGUUGAUGCAUUGCCUCCUCAUAUGGGUCUAUUUUGGUUUUCUUCUAACACUGCAAAAGGUUGAUGUGGUGGAGAUUCAUACGCUUGAAAGCAUGUAAGGAGGGUUUCCUAAAAUGACAUGCCUCUCCGCCCCUUUCUGUGUGCAUGUGAAUCCUAUUUUUGUAGGCCGGAAGCUAGGACUCUCUCUCCAGGUGUGUUGUCAAUAGAGGGGGAAUAUAUGUGGGGAGAGUGACAAAUCUUUUAUUUGCCGGAAUUCUUU